CCAUUCAUCAUCCUUUCUUCCUUUCUUCUACUCUCCAUACCAGUAUUUCAACACGUUCACUUCGUGCUGAUUUCAUUUUCCCUUUUAUUGUAAUCAUUUUCGAGUCCAUCUUUUUUGCUUUCUCUUUUUCUUGACUGUCAGCGAAAAAAUUUCCGCUCCACUCAGUUCGUUAGGUCUCAAAUCACCAAAAGACCAAAAGUUCAAAAUGUCUUACGGAGGAGGUUAUUCCUCAUCUCGCGACCAUUACGGUGGCGGCCAUCAUUCUGGCGGAAGUGGUUACAGAAGCGGUGGCUACGGUGGAAGCAAUGGAUAUUCUCAUGGUAAUUCGAACGGCUAUGGAUCCUAUGGUGGCAACUCCCACGGUAGUGGUGUCGGCUCACAUGGAGGCGGCCAUCACGGUGACCGGAUGUCCAAUCUCGGUUCUGGUUUGAAGCAACAAGAAUGGGAUUUGAACGCCCUGCCUAAGUUCGAGAAGCACUUCUACAAGGAACACCCCAACGUGACUAAUCGCUCCGCACAAGACGUGGAAGCUUUCCGAAAAGAACAUGAAAUGACUGUCUAUGGAAAGAAUGUUCCUCGCCCCGUUGAAACAUUUGACGAAGCCGGCUUCCCCCAAUACGUGAUCUCUGAAGUUAAGGCUCAGGGAUUCGCUAAACCCACACCCAUCCAAUCUCAAGGUUGGCCUAUGGCCUUGUCUGGGCGCGACGUUGUUGGUAUUGCAGAAACCGGGUCGGGAAAAACUUUGACAUAUUGCUUGCCUGCUAUCGUCCACAUCAAUGCUCAGCCUCUGCUCGGCCCUGGCGAUGGGCCAAUCGUACUUGUUCUGGCGCCAACUCGCGAGUUGGCCGUUCAAAUCCAAGCCGAAAUUACAAAGUUCGGAAAGUCUUCACGCAUUCGAAACACCUGCGUCUACGGAGGUGUCCCAAGAGGACCUCAAAUUCGCGAUCUUUCCCGCGGUGUCGAAGUCUGUAUCGCCACUCCUGGUCGUUUGAUUGAUAUGCUUGAAGCGGGAAAGACAAACCUUCGUCGGGUUACUUACCUCGUUCUCGAUGAAGCAGAUCGCAUGCUUGAUAUGGGUUUCGAGCCCCAAAUUCGGAAGAUUAUCGGGCAAAUUCGUCCUGAUAGACAGACUUGCAUGUGGUCGGCUACCUGGCCAAAGGAAGUCCGACAGCUUGCUCAUGACUUUCUCCACGAUUAUAUCCAAGUAUAUAUUGGAUCCCAAGACCUCUCCGCUAACCAUAGGAUCACCCAAAUCGUUGAGAUUGUGUCGGAUUUCGAAAAGCGUGAUCGCAUGAUCAACCAUCUCGAACGUAUCAUGGAUGACAAGAAGUCCAAGAUCCUCAUCUUCACUGGCACAAAACGUGUGGCAGAUGAUAUUACCCGAUUCCUCCGUCAAGAUGGAUGGCCAGCUUUGUCUAUCCAUGGUGAUAAGCAACAGAAUGAGCGUGAUUGGGUUCUAAAUGAAUUCAAAACUGGCAAAAGCCCGAUCAUGGUAGCCACUGACGUGGCUUCGCGUGGUAUUGAUGUGCGCGACAUUACUCAUGUGUUGAACUAUGACUAUCCGAACAAUUCGGAAGAUUAUGUUCAUCGGAUUGGUCGUACUGGCCGUGCCGGUGCUAAGGGAACGGCUAUUACGCUGUUCACCACUGACAAUGCUAAACAGGCUCGUGAUUUGGUCAAUAUUCUCACCGAGUCCAAGCAGCAGAUUGAUCCACGCCUUGCAGAGAUGGCCCGCUUUGGCGGCGGCGGUGGAGGCGGCGGCCGCUGGGGUGGUCGCGGCCGUGGCCGUGGAGGUUUUACCGCCUCAAAUGCUGCCCCUCUCGGCCAUAAUCGCCGCUGGUAGAAUACGUAACCCUUCAUCGAAUUUCGAUAUUUCCUUAUCGCGAUUGUCAAAUUGCCCACGACCGAGUUUCUUUCAUAUUGACCCUUAUAGACUGUUACGGUUCAACACGGGCGGCGUUUCGAUCUAGAUUAUGUUUCAUAUUGCAUUUUACGCAUCUGAAUGGUUUGCCGUCGACGUUGAGGAACUAACAAACAUUGUUUCCAUCAGUAAUACCCUCGGCUGGCUCAUAACUGCCAAUUCAUAUGCCAUACUGAAUUUUGUUUACAUCACCUUUGCAGGUUACCUCUUUCGUUC